UGGACUCUGACCUACACAGCAGCCACACGAGUCCCACCAGUAUGUGCUUACGGAAGACCAGUCACUAAUCUUUUUGUAAGAUGACAGCAAGUCCUAUUCAGCGCCUCCGAGGAUUAAAACAACUUACUUUUUCACACUGAUCCACCUGCAGUAUGGCUCUGCUCGUCCACUUUCUGGCCUGUGCCUUUGGCGUUGGCUCCUGGGUGGCUGUGAACGGACUGUGGGUGGAGCUGCCGCUCAUCGUCAACGCACUCCCUGAAGGCUGGGAUCUACCCUCCUACCUAACAGUAAUUAUCCAGUUGGCCAACGUGGGACCUCUGCUGGUCACCCUGAUGCACAAACUGUACCCGGGGUGUCUUAAAGAGCAUAUUGUCAUUUACUCCAUCCUCUCCAUCGGUGUCCUGUCCUGCAUCCUGCUUGCCUUCUUUUGGGACAGGACCACGAUUUUUAUAGGGGCAUCACGUAGCACAGCUUUCUUUAUAAUAACUUUCUUCCUUUCCCUGGUGGACUGCACUUCUUCAGUUACCUUCUUACCUUUUAUGAUGCAGCUUCCAGCAAAAUAUAUCACCACUUAUUAUAUUGGAGAGGGGCUAAGUGGUUUCAUUCCUGGUGUAGUUGCUCUAGCGCAGGGUGUGGGUAUGGCCAAAUGCGUCAACUCUUCUGAGACAGCAGGAAACCACACAGGAUCAUUACAUACGGAGUAUCUUCCCCCAAACUUCUCCACCAAGGUGUUUUUCUUCAUCCUAGCAGCCAUGAUGUGCAUAAGCCUGGCUGCUUUUGUUGCACUGAACAGACUCCCUCGGACAUACGAGCUGUCCACUGAGAACCUUGUGCAGGAUACAGUGGUGUCUAUCAGCUCCAAUCUGGAUAACUCAGGGGCUGAUCUUGAUGGAGGAAGCGUAAAAAACAAUGGUGAGGAGGUUGCCCAGGGCGGACAUCUGGUGGCAAAACUUUCCGUGUACCAGCUGACCUUCAUUUACUUUCUGGUGGUGUGGGUUAAUUCUGCAACCAACGGCCUGCUUCCCUCUGUGCAAACAUACUCCUGUAUGCCAUACGGGAACCUGGCCUAUCACCUCUCUGCAGCUCUGGCAUCAGUGGCCAACCCAGUGGCCUGUACUCUUGCAAUGUUCAUCCAAAACAGGUCGCUGGUCUUUCUCGGCCUUCUGGCGGUGGUGGGGACGGGAUUUGGCAGCUAUAACAUGGCCAUGGCAGCUAUGAGUCCCUGUCCCUUGCUUCAUGGGUCUGCAGCGGGAGAGGCGAUAAUUGUGCUCUCAUGGCUCUUCUUUACUGGGACAUUGUCUUAUGUCAAAGUCAUGGUGGGUGUCAUCCUGAGAGACCGGAGCCACAACGCUUUAGUCUGGUGUGGAGCUGCGACACAGAUGGGUUCACUAGUGGGCUCCGUGAUUAUGUUCCCGCUAGUUAACAUUUACCAGCUCUUUAAGUCAGGAGACUUCUGCAACACCGAGUGCCCUCUAUGACCACAGUACUGAUGACGACCUGCAGACUUUAUUAGAUUAAUUUAAUCUUUUUUGCUGAGAUGUAGAUGAAAGGUACUCUCAUGGCUAUAAACAAAAAGUGAAGCCAGAACUGUUUCUGGCAUGUCACUCCUUCACUAACAAACAUGCUGCAUCUUGUUUUUAAUCAAGGCACAAACUAACACACAAAAGAGAGAGUGGCUAUGCAGUCCUGUGAAAAACCAAAUACACUCUAUGAUUCAGUUGUUUGUAUGACCACCUUUAGCGGCAAUAACUUGAAGUAACUGUUUUCUAUAUGACUUUAUUGCUCUCUUGCAUUGCUGUGGCCCACUCUUCUUUACUGCCUUGCUUUAGUUCACUGAGGUUUGCAGGCAUUCAUUUAUGCACAGCUCAUAAAUCCACAGUAUUUCAAUCAGGUUUAAGUCUGGACUUUGACUGGGUCAUUGCAACACCAUGAUUCUUUAAUUUCUAGUCCUUCUCUUGUAGAUUUGCUGCUGUGCUUGGGAUCAUUGUCCUGACAAACUUUAACUGUCGGACAGAUGGCUUUGCAUUUGGCUCUAGAAUAUUUUGGUGUACAGAGGAAUUCCUGGUUGACUCAGUGAGUGUUAGGUUCCUAAGUUCUGUGGCCUCAAAACAAGCCCAUAUAAUCACCCCUCGUGCGCCGUGCUGACAGCUGGAAUGAGGUGUUUGUGCAGACAUGUGAUUUGCGUCAAAUGUGGCGCUGUGCACUGUGGCUAACCAUCUCAACUGCUUCUUGUCUGUCCAAAAGACAUUGUUUCAGAAGUCUUGUGAUUUAUUGCAACUUUGCAACCUGUGCUGUCAUGUUCAUUUUAGAGAGAAGAGACUUUCUCCUGUCAGCCUUCCAAACUAUACUUGUUCAGUCGUUUUCUAAUUUUUUAUCGUUGUGAACUUUAACAUUUAACAUACUAACCGAGGCCUGUAAGGUCUGAGAUGUAGCUCUUGAGGUUUUUGCAGUCGCUGAGCAUUGCAGUCUGACCUUGGGGUAAAUUUACUAGGACAUCCAUUGCUGGGAAGAUUGUGGCAUUGUGCUAACACACACCUGAAUGCUCCAGACCAGCAAACUGCCCAAACAUUAGCUUUUAUAGAGGUGGUCACACUUGCUGCAUUUGAUUAGCAGCACCUGGCUGCUUCACAUCAUCUUAAUUCCUGGGGUAGCAGUAAAGGUGUGCUUAGCCCUUCAGAGAGUCCUGUGAAAACUUAUUUUUCCCCUCACAUGAAUCUAGUCCUUCAAAACAUCACAACAUGUCAUUUUUACAUUUUUUCUUUGAGCUGGCAAAACCAACAUGCUUGUUAGUGAGCUUCAGAGGUGAAUUAACCUUUUGCCAGACAUAUGACUAGUUUAAAUUUUGCAUGUUUUUGUUGCUCAAAUUAUGUUUACUUUGCAAUGUUGUGUUUAUUAAAGCAUGUUUGGAUUUGUAAAUAAAUAUAAGAAGUUUA